AGGUUGUAUUCGAAGAUGAACGAUUUAAUUCUUGAUGUCGAGAACCAGCCAGCUACUGGAAGGUCCGGUAAAAUGCACAUCCAACAACAUGUGAAUGCAGGACAAGGCAACCGAAGCAAGUCCUCAACGAGAAAGGCACUGGGAGAUAUCACUAACAGCAGGUUGAAUGCCACUCUGGGUAAGUCUUCGAAUACCUCUUUCCCUCGUAGGCAGAAUGUCAUAGCGUCAUCAGCACAAGUGUCACAAUUCUCUGUUGCCGCUCAGAAGGUUGAUGAUGCAACUGAUGGCGCAACUCGCUGGAUGGAGGAGCCUGCUUUCUCGGAUCCAGUCUGCGAAAGCGUAUUGCGGGACACUCAUCAACUCCUGGAGGACAACUGUGCAUCCAACGAAGAGCUUGUCUUUCCCUCAUACCCCACAUUUGAACCUGAGAUGAACUUAACUUCUAAAGAAUGGCAUGCUUUUGAAGAUGGAGACGAUUUGAAGGAGCACUACGAAGACUUGACUUUCCCUGAACUGAGUCUGGACGAUUGAGAGCAGGUCAACAAUUAUUGUAAUUUAAUGCUAUUCCACAACAUACAAGAAGUGAGACAGAUUACCUUCUUCUGCUUGUGUAGGACAAACAGUAAACGCAAACAUCUUUU